UUAUUACUUUCGAUGAUAAGAGACUUUCCAGCUAUUCUCCCACAUUCUACUGCUGCUGCUCUCUCGAUUGUCUCUCGUGAAUAAUCUUCUGACUGAUUAGUCACACCUUUUGUACACGCAGCGCUUAUACUUUUCUUUUAUAAAACCUCGCGGAAGUACCUAUAGUUUUACACUUUUUGACAGGUUUAUACAUGUUUUACAAUAACGGCAUUAUUUAUGAUUUUCACUAACGUUACUUAAUAUUACUAAAACGUCAACAGAGAUGAGAAUCAGCGAGUUCUGUCACCUUGUGCGCGAGGGCUCCCAUGAAACAGCAGUUGAUAUUACAACUGUACCUUCACAUCAGCUUUUUGCACCAAAGAAAUGACUCUGCGAGUUGGUACCGGAUAGCGGUUGCUUAGUGACAAACCAAAUAAAAAGAGUCUUUAUCAAUGGUUUGAAAACAUGCUCCAGCUAAUAGUUUUUAAAUGUGAUCAGGAACAAUCAUCGAGUGAUUUUGAAGAUAGUGAAGUUUUAAAAAAGUUUUUUAUUGUAAGUUAAGUUCUAAACACUAUGUGGAAUAUGAUGUGUGACGUGAUGCCGACGAUUGUGGAGGACAGUAUCAGCCAGAGAAGUUCACAAUUCUCUGGUGAAGAUGCCAACUUUGAGCACCUCAUGGUCUCGGUGCUCGAUGAGCGUGACAAGCUCAUGGGAUCUCUUCGAGAGAGUCAAGAUCGUCUCCAAGAAGCUGAUAGUAGACUGCAAGAGCUCGAAAAGGAAAGAGAUGCUCUUAAUCGACAACUGGUUGCCAGUAUUCCACAGGAGUUCUCGCAGCUGACGAAAGAACUGACAGCGGCGCGAGAGAGUAUCCUCGAGAAAGAAGAUGAAAUCGCGGAAUUGAAAGCAGAGCGGAACAACACGAGGCUUUUGCUGGAACAUCUGGAAUGCUUGGUUUCGAGGCAUGAGAGAUCGUUGAGGAUGACCGUGGUCAAGCGGCAGGCCGCAGCACAGUCCGGCGUCUCUUCUGAAGUCGAGGUGCUUAAGGCACUGAAGAGCCUCUUUGAGCACCAUAAAGCUCUCGACGAAAAGGUGCGCGACAGAUGGCGCUUGGCUCUCGAGAAAAACACAAACUUGGAAGAGGAACUUGCCCAUACCAAAGCAGAGCUUCAACAAUACAAGAUGGGUGGACAUGCUCUUAAAUCUAUAGAAGAUAGACCGAAAGAAAAUGGACAAGCAGAUGACUCGCAUGUGCAACAACAGCAGAUGCAAAUUCAAAAGAGAAUUGAAAGCGACCGACAAACGGCGUCUGUAGGACAACAGAUGCAGCAAAAUAAUGUCCAAGAGAUUGAAAAUAGGCUGAGCAACGGUAGUCUAAAAUCAGACGACCAAACAUCAGCUGCAAAAGUCGUAAAUUUGCAAUCUACAGUCGAGAAGCAGAGUGCCGAGCUAAGUUCGUGGCAGCGACGUGUCGCAGAAAUGACGAGUCGCGUAGCCGAGCUCGAGGAAAAUCUGUCCAAGACUCAGAAAGACUUCCUUAAAGCCCAGGACACGAAUGUCAAGUUGCAAAGAGACCUACGCGAAAAUGUAGCGCAAAAGGAAGACCAGGAGGAGAGAAUAGCGACCUUGGAAAAGCGCUACCUCAACGCGCAGCGCGAGUCCAUCAGUCUUCACGAUCUGAACGAAAAGCUCGAACAGGAAUUGCAGCACAAAGAGGCUCAGCUCAAGCGUGGUGCAACGGCUGUCUUACUAACUCGCCAACUUGCUAAACAAAUGUUGCAAGAGGAAAAAAUAGCCGCUGUUCAGCAAAAAUUGGAGCACGCCGAGCAAGAGCUUGCACAAUUUGCCAAAUUACCCGAGAUGGAAGAACAAUUGAAACAGAGGAUGGAUGCACUGACGCAGGUGAGGAGGCCCAACCAGGCACAAGAAAGGCACGGAACGGCAGAAGAUCGAAUUCAGAGGCUGGAAACGCAAUUGGAAGAAAAAGCAGGCGAAGUUAUGAGACUGAACCAGAGAUUGAAAAUGAACGAAGAGCACAAUACGAGGCUCAGCUCAACGGUCGACAAGCUUCUUUCGGAAUCUAACGAGCGUUUGCAAGUGCAUCUGAAGGAACGCAUGCACGCACUGGAAGAAAAGAACGCCCUGACGCAGGAGCUCGAAAAGAUGCGUAAAAUUGCCGAAGAUUUGCAGAGCGAGAAGGCCGAGCUCAUGAAGGAGUUGGGCAAGGCUCGUCUCGAGAUCGACAGCGUCAAGCGCCAGAUGCUUCAGCAAGAGAUUGCCUUCAAUAUUCAGCAGACGGACGCAUUGACAAGGAGUUUAUCACCGAAUGCCGUGGAUCCCAGCUCGUUUUCGCGAAGUGCCAGCCACAGCAGCUUCGAUACGCAUUCCUUGCCUAGAAGAGCUGUCAAGAGGCUCGAGGAAGAAUCCAAGCGGUAUUCACGAUACCACGGACUCACGCCACCAGAGAACGUUCCACUCGUGCCACUGGGUUAUAUCGCGCGAACCUUAGCCGAACAGGAAUGGGAAAAACUUCAGCAAGCUCACGUAUUGGCCAACGUUCAGCAGGCCUUUGAUGUGUCAAGUGAUGCCGAAGGCGAUGGGGACAACGAGAGUCUUCUGAGCUGCGCUGCCGACGUUAUCAGUCCAACUGGCCACACUGACGCACAGACUUUAGCGUUGAUGCUUCAGGAACAGCUCGAUGCCAUCAACAAUGAGAUCAGGCUAAUACAGGAGGAAAAGCAAAGUACAGAAGCGCGAGCGGAAGAACUGGAGUCAAGGGUGGGUAGUUUGGAACAUAUGAAUUUAUUAGCACGAGGCCGAAGUCUCGAACGUGCUUCUCCUCCACUUAGUGGCAGAUCCACCCCAAAAUCACAUCACAGCCCCAACCGAGACUACUUGCACAAGUAUCAUACUGCACCAGCGUCAAUGUCCCCAGCACAUCUACAAUACAUCGCGUCUCUGGCUAGCCCCAGUCAACUGUCCGAGUCACUUCCCGCAAGCCAGCUCUCUGGUGAUGAACUUCAUUCGCUUUCUGAACGCGACAGUUCGGGCGGCAUGGGCAGUGGUGGAAGCGACGCAGCAUCACCGCUUACGGCCAGAUCAAUCAGACUGGAACGCGUAGUGCAACAGCUUGCCAAUAGCCAAGAAGAACUGAGAAGACGUACCGGGCAGAGCGGAUUCCCAAGCGGCGCUGGCUACUCCAUGCACAGCAUUAGGCAUGGGCCACUAACAAGUCAUCACAAUGGACCGUCACUCAAUUCUGGGACUCCGUCCCCCUUGUCUUCGCGACACAGCAGCCAGGAUAGCUUGCACAAGAACAACCUGUCGGCGUGCGCAUUGCCUCUGGGGCAGUACACCGUAGCCACGAAUCCGUACCAUGCCUCGCAGACCGUCAUCGCCAUGAGCCCCGCAACUGCCGCCGCCGUAGCCGCAGCGCAAAAGAAGAAGGGAAUCAAGAGCAGCCUCGGCCGAUUUUUCAGCAAAAAGGACAAGAUCAACAAGGGAAAAGAUGUGGUGAUGCCUGGCGAUGUGCCCGGUAUGGGUGGAGUCAUGACGCCGGAUCCAGACUACGGGGAGAUAGCUGCAGGAUCUGUCAUAGCGACGAUGGGAAACAAAUCCGGUGACUUUGAUCGGAGGAAAAAGAAAAGUAUGCUGGAUACGUCGAGACACGAACUGCUGACGGAAGCCAUGAAGGCCGGCACGCCGUUCGCCCUUUGGAAUGGACCAACGAUAGUGGCCUGGUUGGAGCUUUGGGUCGGCAUGCCCGCCUGGUACGUUGCGGCUUGUCGAGCCAACGUCAAGAGCGGAGCCAUCAUGAGUGCGCUCAGUGACACCGAAAUUCAGCGCGAAAUCGGUAUAAGUAACCCUCUGCAUCGACUCAAGCUACGACUAGCGAUACAGGAGAUGGUGUCGCUUACGAGCCCAUCGGCACCAAAAACUUCCAGGUCGUCGCUGGCUUUUGGUGAUAUGAAUCACGAGUGGAUCGGCAAUGUUUGGCUACCUAGUCUUGGCUUACCGCAGUAUCGGUGUUCUUUUAUGGAGUGCCUUGUAGAUGCGAGGAUGCUAGAUCACCUCACGAAGAAAGAUCUGCGCAGCCAGCUUCGUAUGGUAGAUAAUUUUCACAGGACGAGUUUGCAGUACGGUAUAAGCUGCUUGAAAAGAUUAAAUUACGAUAGGCAACAAUUGGAGGAUAGACGAAGAAUGUCCGAGGGUGCAAAUGUUGACGUGAUUGUUUGGAGUAAUGACCGCUGCAUUAGAUGGGUACAAGCGAUUGGUUUGAAGGAGUAUGCAAAUAAUCUCCUGGAAUCCGGAGUCCAUGGCUCCUUGAUAGCUCUUGAUGAGAGCUUUGAUUCCAAUAACUUGGCGCUACACUUACAAAUACCCACACAAAAUAUGCAGGCAAGACAAAUUUUAGAAGUAGAAUUUGCUAACUUACUUACAGUUGGUACGGAAAGGCGGCCUGAUGACACAAACAGCUUAAAAUCCUGAUCCAACUCAUCGAGGAUGUUGAACCUCGAGCCCCACGUCUAGUCCAUAAACCCUAGCUACGUUAUUUCCUAUUUGAACGCGAGUCAUGCAUUUUAGCAACUGUUUAAGAGCGACUAUUUUACUCCCUCGAAAAGCAUCAGUUUACUUCGAAUUACAUAAGUGACAUAAAAAAAAGAAGCUAAUACCAAUCAUAUUAACGUUAUAAAGGUUCUAGUGAAUGAAAAUUUGUGACAAACCAUAGAGUGAAUGAAAGUCAUGUGCGAAUGUUACUUCAAAAUUAUUUAAAAUUUUAAAAAGUUCAACUACUAAUCUUACAUUUAGUGCGAGUUUGUAAAGCUGAGUGUUGUAUCAUCACCUAGUACAGCUCGUAGAAGAUCAUCAUAAUCAUGAAAUGAAGUGAUUGAAGAAAAGUUCUUAUGUAUUUUAUCAAGAAACAUAUUACGCUAUAUAGAGCGCAAUUCUGACUUUUGGAUAAUUAGCGCGAGCAAAAAAGGAGAAAAGAUAUCUACAGAAAUGAAAAAAUUAGUGAAAUAUUAAGAUGUAUUUUCUUUUUGUCAAAGGUCAGUGGUAUUUAUUUACAGACUUUUGAGACAAUAAGGCAAAACUAGACUUUUAAUAGAUUGUACUAAAAAAUGAAGUAUAAAUUGUAACAAUUUUAUACGCGCAUUUUGUUACUACAACAUAAACUUCCCCGCUUGAGGUAAUCUCUCUGCCCUGCAUAAAAUAAAUAAUUACAUAUUAAUCCUCAUCUUCACGACAAAUUCGGUGAAUCACACCGCGCACAAAGUUUCAUUGUCAUUGCAAAAAGAUGAAUAAAAUGCUCAGUAUUAUACGUUACUGAUGAUAAGUGGGAUGAAAUUCAUGUCCGUUUUUUCCUCGUGAUGUUCAUAAUAACGGCAACCAAAACCUUACGUUACAUAUUAACUUCUGUGCCUCAAUGGUGAUAAUCUUGUUAAAAAUUAGUUUUAACUACGCUAGCUGCAUCGACGCUUUUUAUGAAGAGUAACUCUUUUCCAUUUAAAUUAACAUAUAAACGUGCAACUCUUCUUUAAAAGCGUCUACAUAUACUUUAGACCUCGUAGUACUUGCUGAUAGUUUUUUUUUUGAUUUUAUGAAUUUUUUUCAAGUUCUUCUCAACAUUUAUUGUGAAAAGUAUACAUUUUUGGAACGAUGUGAAACUAUUGAAGAUAAUAUAAUAGAUGUUAUAUGAACAAUUGAAGUAUGUCUUAAAAUAAAUUGACCCACCAAUGUGAAAACGAUUGAUGUCUAGUUGAAAAAUUUCUUGUAAUUAAACAACCUUAAAUUCUUAAUGAAUUAUUUAUUGCUGAAUUUUCUAUAAAAUGAAAAAAAAAACGAUACAUGGUUACGAAGAUCAUGAGCACAUUGAAUUCUCGAGUAAUAAUAAAUUUAAUUUUAUAAACAUUGUACAAAUUUUUUUUGUCAAGAUAUCGCUAGACAUACAUGAAUAGAUAUUUAAUCGUGAAUGAUAUAUUAAUAUUUCAAUAUGAAUUAAUAUAAAUUAUGGACUGGACGAUUGAACAAAAGGGUAAAAUUAAAAGUAUUUUUCUUUAUUUUACCAAUUUAAGAGCAAACAGUCAUUCUAUACCAAAAUUUUGGAACGAUGCAUAAAUAGAUAUAAAGAUAUAUGAACUUGAAGGUUUAUAUGAACAUAAAUGCCGAUAUUAAAUGUGUCCCAAUGAACUUUUUAAUAGUUUACACAGUCACAUAAAAUCAAUGUCAUAAUAAUAAAAUGAAACGCCGAGAGAAAAGGUUGUUCAAAAUCUUGAAAUAAUUUUGAAACAGGUAAUGUUUGAAAACAAAAAAGUCAGAUGUGUGUACAGUAUGCAUAUUUUUAAUUAAAAUAGUGUAUUUCAUUUGGCAAAGUUCAAUCGCAAAGAAACAAAUUCAGGCGAGAAAUAUGAAUGUAUACAACCAUUUAAAUCAUACUAUAACUUUGAGAUCUAAAUUACCUUUUAUGUAAAUUUAAACGAAAUUUUUCGCAAAAAUAUUCGAGAAGAAAAAAAACUUGAAUAAUAUGGACGAUUUUUGAUGUGCGAUAUAUCGUGACAAUGAUUUUGUCGGUUACAUAGUAGUCUUAUAGUGGUUAAAUAUAAACAAGUAUAAAUAUAUAAAAAUAUAAUACUAUAUUAUUGUAAUAAGGGCGUAUAUCGAAUAGACAUAACUAUGUGCUUUUGGAUAACAAAAGCUAUGACUAUAAAGAGAGAAAAAAUGAAGUCAGAGAUAAGAAUUAACGAAAGAAAUAUGAAAAUGACGAUCACAAUAAUCAAGGUUACAAAGAAAAAAAGGAUGCUGAUAUUGUUAAUAUUGUUGAUAAUUAAAAGAUCACUGUUGUUGUUUGUUUAUCCCGCGAAGUAAGCUUGCAAUGUUGUUCGUUCGUUUUACUUCGCGAAACCUUCCCAAGGGGCUUGACAUAAAUGUAUAGAUUUUUUAUAUGCCUCAAUAAUUUUGAUUAAUGUAACCAAAUGAUUUUUUUACCAACCAAAGUAUUUUUAGUAAGAAAAUCAUAUUAGUUUAUAGUUAUUAAGCCAAAGUCGCUUUUAAAGUAAUUCUUGUUAUGAUAUAUCUAAAUGUAAAUAAUUAAUUUUAACUAUUCGACCAUAUUCCGUUUGAUUAGUUUCAUUGAUUUGCGCUAUCAUUUUGAUUUUUAUUUUACUUUAUAAUAAUUAUCUUGGUAAGCCCCUUUCGAAGCGUCCACGGAACAUGUAAAUGACUGAAUUUUUUUUUGUAAAAUACUCUAGCUAUAAUUCAUAUAGCUGUUAAACGGACGCGCUUACACACACUCACACAUACACACAUAUAUAAAUUAUAUAGUAUGUAAUUGUAUAAGCAUUCCGGGACAAGAUUAAAAAUAAACAAUUUUCAAUACAGAAAUGUACCACGUUUGAUAUCGAAUCAAUCAAAGAUGACUAAACCCAAGAGAAAGCUUUUUCAUAAAAAUAAUCAAUAUCAUGUAAAAAUUCAUUAUAAGACAAAAAAGGAUUAAUCAAUUAUAUAUAACCGCUCGUAUAUUAGAGCAACUUCAUAUUGACGCUCUUAAUCGUAAAUUUUUAACAUAAUCUAAAGUGCUUUUUACAAACUUGAACAAACUAACACUGGCUUAGAAUUGUUAUUUAUUAGUGCAGAUUGGGUAAUUAAAAUUACUUUGGAGGGAAUGUUUUCGUUCUCAAAGCGAUAAACCGAAACAUUUGGAAUAUUUCUCAACUUCUCUAAAAUCUAGUCCUCUUUCGUACCUAAAAUGAUAUGAAUUGCAAAUUCUUUUACCAGUAGUUUUUAUUAUAGAAUGAAUUAUAUUAUUGGCAUUAUUUUAACAUAAUUUAUUAAAAUAUUGUAUAUUAUAUAUCAAGUAAACAAAUUGUGUGUUCAAUAGUAAAAUGUUAAAAGUUGAGAACAUUAAAUUUCUUAUCUCUGAGUUUGUUUUUGAAUGAAAAUACAUGUAAACUGAGUAUAAAAACGGUGUACGUAUUUGAUUUGCUAAUUUCAACAUUUACCAAUUGAACUUAAAAAAAGUAUAAUUUUUAAAAAUGAAUGAUAAAUUGAUGAUGAAUAUUAAAAUUUUUAACAUAAGUUAAGAGUGAAAAUGUGAAUGCGUAUGAAUUGAACUAUAAUGCUAAUAAUUAUUGUAUGAAAAAUACAGUGGAUUUGAGCACAAAUAAUUUUUUUUUAUAAAAUUUGUUUGCUGUGAAGUUCACACAAGAGUAAGGUUAAAUAGCCAGAAAAAAUGAUGUCACGAGACUUGUUAUAAUUACAACUAUUGAUAACAGUGAAUUAUUUGAAGCAUUGCAGUUAAAUUGAUGAGAUAAAAUGCCCAUGAUUGUGAUCAGGAUUAAAACAUAUCGUGCACAUAAUUAGGCGGUAAUCGAUUAAAAUUAUUAUUUUUCAAUGAAUAGGCGCAGGGAAUCACACGUAUCGCGGCGGCAGAUUUUGAAAAGUUAGAAUGUUAGAUAAUGAGGAAAUUAUUAGAUCUUUUUUCGUGAGCAUUAAACCUAAUAUUUAAAAAUAAUAUAUAAUGUCAGCAGGUGUAGACCAUCUAUGACGGAAAAUUAACUCAAUUCGACUCUUAAUUUGUUAAUUGGCUCAUUGAGAUGGUAGAUUAAACGUCUAGCGAAUUUAUAACGAUGUACAUUGCGUAUUUAUGCACAAACUCAUCAAGAAUCAUGCUCCUCUAUUUAUGAUACUUCAUUCGGAUCAUCCGUAGUUGAAAAUAAUAAACUUUACAUUGCUUUUAUUUGAUUUGGAAUAGAAUGUAAGCGAAUUCAUACAAGCGUGAUUGAAUUGAACCAUCGGGUAAAAUUUUUCAUUUAAUUAGGAUAAUCGUUGAAGAUUUUGGCGUAUUUGAAACUAACGAUUUGAAGGAAAAUGUUGUAUGUAAGUAAAUUUAAAUGUACAUCGUAUGAGUCAUGAAUGUCAGAAGUAAUUUUUGUGACUCGAUGACCGAUAUCGUUGAAAUUUCUUUGUGUUAUAGGGUCCGUUUUAGUGAUAAUCUUUGUAAAUAUUAAAUUUUUCCAAGUACA